GGCGUACGGAUGCAGUGUAUAGUUUAUGUGCGCGAAUAUGUCCGUAAGGUCUUACUCAAGUUCGAGUCUGGUUCGCCAUCGUAAAUCCUGUCCUUCUUGUCUAUAGUGAUCGUCGGUUAUGGUUUAAUGCUUUCACGAUGGAUACGAAAUGAUGCCAAGUGGUUAUUUGCGACUAGUGAUACAAUUCUUUCCAUAAGACGGGUUUAAUGCAAGUGUACCCUUCGGUCAUUUUCCGAACGUCUUAUUUUUGAUCGGCAUUCAAGAAGGCCGCGAGAUCAUUGUAGCUUUGCCACGCAUCGCACCUGACCGACCGCGGCUAUAAAACGAAUCACCAGCAGCGUCGGAGGUCAGUGCGCGAUGCGAAUACACUUGAGAAACUACGCUUUUGCGUAAGUUCUCAUAUUCAUAUUAUAUACAUACAUCUUUGUGUUUUAAUAUUCUCUUUUAUUUUCUUACAACCGUAAUUAAAAUAGUACGAGUACUUUAUUACAGAGAAUAGAACGAUCUAUCAGUGACAUAUUUUUAAAUAUGUCCAAGGCACGAGAAUACAUGUAAAAUUUAAAUAAAGGGUAAAAUCAUGAUGAAAAUGGCUUAUUAUAACAUUUUAAAUAAUUCUAAGAAAUAGCCAGUUGAUACACUUUGAUAAAAAUGGAGAUGGAACCACAACAAGAAUCAAAAGACGAGGUUGGCAAUCUACCGUUCUCACCUCCGCCUAUGAAGAAAUCUGAGACGAGAGACAGCAUUUCUUCCGUUGACAGUGAUGUGAGUCUUUCCUUUGACAGAAGAGGCUCUAAGAGCGAAGAGGCCGACUUAUCAGAUUAUGAUAGCGAGAUUAGAUCUGUGAAAGGGAUUAAUAUGGAGCAAGACUCGGGCGCGGAUUCUGUAGAUGAUGCCACAUUGAAAAAUUUAGAAAAUCAGAAACAAUCUGGUAUAGAAUCGGAAUCCCAACUAAUUGAGAAAACAACGAAUGAUCUCGACUCGUUGAAUGACGAGUUGGCUGAUAAAAUAUGCGCUCAGGUGGAAUUUUACUUUUCCGACGAAAAUAUUAUAAAGGACGCUUUUCUGCUGAAACACGUUAAAAGAAACAAAGAAGGCUAUGUAUCUUUAAAAUUGAUAUCCAGCUUUAAGAGAGUAAAACACCUCAGUAGAGAUUGGAGAGUGGUCGGGACGGCUUUAGCGAGAUCCAAGAAACUUGAAGUCAACGCACAAGGGACUAAGCUACGUAGAGUAGAUCCUUUGCCACCUUUUGAUCAAACGGCGCCUUCUAGAACUAUAUUAGCGGCCAGAUUACCGAUAGACAAGUUGACAGUUGAAUCUGUCGCCGAGAUUUUCAAAUCUUGCGGUGAAAUCGCGCUGAUAAGAGUCCUCAGACCUGGUCAACCUACACCUUCCGAGGUGCGCCAGGCAAUCUCCAAAAGACCAGAAUUGACCUCCAACGAAGAGUACGCUAUGGUCGAAUUUACAGACACCACUUCCGUUCGAAACGCUAUGCAAAUGACCUUGGGUAACGCCAAAGUAUUUGAAUUACAUCAAUUAGCUGACAAGAAAAGGAAACAUCAACCUACGAGGAAAAGUGUUUUAAAUAGAAUACCAAGGGAGAAUAAUUACAAUUCGUCCAGUUGUCCUAGUGGAUCUGAAACUGAAGAUGGAAAAACAAGGCAUAAAAAAAAAAACAUUCAAGGAUAUCCAACGUAUCACAUCUAUACGAGUUAUUCUUCUCAAGGACCGCCAUCACCAGACGUAUGGUUAUCUGGUAAACUCUCUUCAUGCUCCAUAUCCAAUUCUGAUAACGGCUUUAUAUUUCGGCGUUUGUCUUCUUGUUCCGGCUCUAGCUCAGAUUCUGGUAGACGUUAUUCCACGUGUUCAUCUGGUUCCGAAGCAGCUUUCUUUCAUCCAGGUUAUUCGAAUACUUUCUAUCAUCAUGAAAAUCGCCGUUACUCUUGUUGUUCUUCUACAGGUACUUGUACAGAAUGCGAGAGAGAUCGUUAUAUCGCGAACCGUCGUGGAUCGGCUGACUACGGAUCGCUUUUUAGAAGAUUGUCGAUAUGCAGUCGUGAUUCUGGUUAUGAUACGAACAUCAGAAGAUUGUCUCUCUGUUCUUCGAGCUCAGAACAAAAUGGAUUCUAUCGAUCGAGAAGCAAUAAUGGUAUCGCAAUGAUGCAUUUGCCCGAGAAUGUGACAAGAAUGCCAACAGGACCCGACGGCACUCGUGGCUUUUUUGGUCGUUCUACAAAAAUGUGUAUAAAACCUACUUGUCGAAUACCAUAAAUAAUUGUUAUAUCAUUAAAAAGAUGGAAAAAUAAUAAUUUGAUGAUAUACUUAAUACCGAUCGCUGCUUUAGCAACGCGUUAUAUCGUAUUGUAAGAUAAAACAAAUGUUAAAAUAAAAAAAAAUGAAAAUAAUUAAUCGAUAUCGUUUACUAUUUACAGAUAAGACUAUAUUACGUUAGAUAAAACAUUAUGGACUACACUAUAGUAUACUAUGCUAUACUGUAAACAUGUGCGCGCGUCUAUAGAUUAUAUAUUAUAUUAUAAAGUAAUAUAUUACAUUCGUCGACAUGUAGCAUGGACUACGUCAUUCGUAUCUAAAUAGUGUACCAAAUGUGGUAGAAAGUGAAAGAGAGUUAAUGCGGUACAUGGACGUAAAAUAUAUCUGGACGGGGCGUAAAGCGUAUCUCUUUAGAUGCGGGGAGUAGAGUUUGAAAGAAUAAGGAGUCCAUCGCGUCACGUUCAUCUUAGAAGCCUUAGCGUCUACUUUCACGUCGCGCGGUAUUGCUCGACGUUAAUCGAUAUAUCGCAACGAUCACAUUCCGUGAAAUUAUCCGCGGUCGCCAUCCGCCAUCAACAUGUUUACGAAUAUACUCGUCGCACAAAAAAAAAUAACGCGAUUAAUAACGGUUAAUAUAGUGAUUAUUAAUAUUGCGAGUACUAAUACAGGAUGUUACAUAAUUCGAGGUUCACACAUUAAGAGCGUGUCAUGGAAGU